UUCAGUUGGAAGAACAGUGCUUAUUAUGAUGAUAUUAUGAUUUAUGAAGUCUUUAUAUAUGAAUUUGAUUUACCUUGUUGAAUAAAUAACGAAAUUUUAAAUCAACAAAGGAUCUCGAUUAAAAACAACAACAAAUUCAUGAAUAUUAAGGUAUAAAGAAUCAUUUUAACGAUUGGAUAACACCAGAACAUGUUUGCUGAUGAUUACUGGAGAUCAAAUUUGAAUAUGAGAAAUAUCUCUGCUUUUUUAUUCGUUUUCGCAUGUGCGAUAGACACAUCGGGUGCUGACGGACAAUCAUGGAAUGACUUUGAAACACUAAGACGUCCGAACUGUUCCGAAUGUAGGAAACGUCUUCAAGUAAGCAUUAUAGAGUUGACAAAACUCACAGAAAUAAAGAACAGAAUUUUGAACGCUAUUGGUCGAAAUAGGUUAGGUACCGUAGGAAAUCUCACCGGCCCGAUACCACCAUUCCGUUUCGAUCUUGCUUCCGUCCAUAAUGAAGAAGAUCCGCUGCCAAAUAAUAUGAUGAGAAGUAGGCUGCAACAUAACGUCACCAAUCAUAUGCAAAACUAUAAAAACGUGGAAAUCUACAGUUAUUCCAAACCGGUUGGUCCAGAAUCUGACAACACUCUGCGCUUCUCUCUGGGCAAGAACGAGAUCCCCGCAGAGGCUGACGCUGUGGAAGCGGCGCUCUUGGUUUACGCAGACAGGCGGCGGAGAAUACGGCCCGAAGGGAGGGGCAAACGUAUCUACAUCAGCGUCUCCUACUUAGACGACGGAAAUGGUCACUGGCUCCCGGUGAGCAGCAUGAAAACGCUCAUUAAAAGACGACAGUGGAAGCGGAUUCUGUUGCCCAUAGCGGUAGGGCAGCGGCUGUUGGAGUCUGCACAAAAAUCGGUAGAUAUUAAAGUGGACUGUGAGGGAUGUGGUCGGUUAGUGCAAUUAACGCUAGACAAAGACCGUCAGCGAAUGUGGAAAAAUAAUACUAGUAAACAGAAAAAACGGGCAAAAACAAGUUCGCGGAAAGACGACAAAAGGCCUAAAGUCAAAAUUCAGAAGGUGGACAAGCAAAAUGAUAUAAAAAUGAAUAAAAAAGACAGUGAUCGUAAGGCCAAUAAACACAAACGAAAUCCAAUUCUAGUAUUAAGCCUGAAAGCACCCCUUAGUUAAAUGUUAACGCAUAAUUAUCAUAAGAACAUACUUUUCUGUAAUGCAUUGUAAAUACAUGCCUAUUUUUAUAACUUCUAUCGAUUUUAAUAUGCUAUUUACUUGUCAUGUAAAUUGUUUUUCAGUAUUGUUAUUCUAUCGCCUAUGCGUUUCAUAUAUUUAAAAAGUGACUGUACUGUACGUUAUUUUCGUAUAGUGAAUAUGUUACUAUGAAUACAAAUAAUCUUCAUUAAGUGUAUCCAGUAUUAAAUCAAAUCAAGUUAGAGUGCUGAGAUAAAUACAGCAUCAUUUGCCGUUGUAUAUCAAGGCUGAUUUCUAACAUGGCGUUUUAUCGUUCCGGCGCCUACUUGUUCGUCGUAUUGUCGUCCUUAUUUUAUUCAGGGACCUUAUACAUGUGGUACACUAAUUUUCCCGUUGUAAUUUUUAUUACUUUUUUAAUUUAGGUAAUUAAUUUUUUCAUUAUGAUCCUAAACUUAUACAUUAUUGU